AUGCAGGCCGGGCUUAGAGCAUGUGAAACUCAUCACUACCUCAGCCACUCGCUUUGUAGUGUUGUUACACAAGAUAAGCACGCUGCCCGCCUGCUGGCUGGACGAAUUGAAGUUCUCCUCCAGUCAACUAUCCAACCAAUCAAGUGCAAAAAAUACAGUAGAAUCACGCAACGCACGCUGCUGGUGUGCUUCCUGCUCGCAAGGAAAGAAAGAAGAGCGAUAAGGGGGCUGUAUUGGCGAGAUCCAACGGUGAACAACUGCCCAAAAGAAAAACCGCCUGGAAGUCCGAGGACCUUCAGUACUGUACUCUACCCCCGAACCAGCAGCCUUUGCUCCAAGCAAGACCACCCUUGUCCCUUUCCUUUCUCCAUUCCGCCUCCUUCCUUUUGA